AUGUCUCUAUCGCCUUCACCAACUAUCGAUAAAAAUCAAUUUGUAGACAAUCAGACUUCACAUCCUAAUCAUCACGAUCAUCUCACGCCUGAAUCACCUCAUCUGAAACUUUUCACAUCCAACUCCGCUCGAAUUUCUCAAACACCUCCAAAACAACAACAUCCCUCUGAACAUCAUCUCACUUCAACAUCACCCAUCAAGAGAGCAGUAUUGAUGCCUGUCGAAAUGGCCAACGCGUCGAUUUCUCAAGCUGUGGAAGGGGAUAGAUCAGGUGAAAAGGAAAAGGAAAAGAAAGGUAAAGAAAAGGAUAAAGAGGUUCAAGAAUAUGCCUACGAAUAUGUACCCGUGGUUCAGAGACGAGAAGGAAGAAACAAUAUGUGA